UAACACACUGCUCUCUCCCCCUUCUCUUUUCUUUCUUUUUCAUUGAUUUUCGAUUUCCGUGUCAAGCAAGCAUCCAUACCACACACCACACUCCCUUCCCCUACCCCAUUUCAUUUCUUAACCCAUGGGCAAAAGCCAAAUCCCAACUCCUCUCAUCAAUAAAAUCCCAUUUUUCAUUUCGUUUCGCUGCUUGAUAAAGCCUUUUCUUGCCUUCUAAUCUUUACUUCUAACCCACCUCCUGUUUGUUACUUUUUUCCUGGGUUAUUUUCCAUCGGGGAUUUUUUCUUUGAUGUGUUGAGUUUUGUGGGAGCAUCAAGAAUCGUGUGGAGUUUUGGUUUUUCUUGGUGGGUUUGUCUUAAUUGUUGAUUUGGGUGUGGAAAUGGGACAGGAGGUGGUGGUGGCGGCUGUGGGCUCGGCGGCUCCGCCGGUGGGGAUGGGAGCACCUCCGCCGACCUCUCUGGCACCCGGGUUCAGGUUUCAUCCGACGGACGAGGAGUUGGUGAGGUAUUAUUUGAGGAGGAAAGCUUGUGGGAAGCCUUUCCGGUUCCAAGCUGUUACUGAAAUCGAUGUGUACAAAUCUGAGCCUUGGGAGCUUGCUGACUACUCGUCGCUGAAGAGUAGAGAUCUAGAAUGGUACUUCUUCAGCCCUGUGGAUAGGAAGUAUGGCAAUGGGUCUCGGCUGAAUCGUGCCACUGGAAAAGGAUAUUGGAAAGCCACUGGGAAGGAUAGAGCGGUGCGUCAUAAGAACCAAACUAUAGGAAUGAAGAAAACGCUUGUUUUCCAUAGCGGGCGAGCACCCGAUGGCAAGAGAACAAAUUGGGUGAUGCAUGAGUAUAGGCUUUGUGACUCAGAAUUGGAGACCGCUGGAGUUUCACAGGACGCAUUUGUGCUUUGUAGAAUCUUCCAGAAGAGUGGUCUAGGUCCACCCAAUGGGGAUCGCUAUGCUCCUUUUGUUGAAGAGGAAUGGGAUGAAGAUACUGGCCUCGUGGUUCCUGGAGGCGAUGCUGAUGAUGACGUGCCCAAUGGUGAUGAAGCACGGGCCGAAUGCACUGAUAUUGAUCAGGACACUCCGCCUCUCAGCAUGGCACCGCCCCAGAUUGAGAACCCGAUCGGGCCGCAGGGUCUUCCCUUUAUGUGCAAGAGGGAGAGAUCAGAAGACGACCCCGAGCCGCUCUCUUUAGCUCAAACUAAAAGAUCGAAGUACGAUGACCCCAACUCCAGCCAUGCAAACGGAUCCGAAGAUUCCACCACGACAAGCCAGGAUCCUCCCACAAAGAUGACGACGACAAAUUUUUCCUCCGCACUGUUGGAAUUUCCUUUAUUAGAACCCCUAGAGAUGAAAGAAACCCACCCAGCCAACACGCACGCGUUCGAUUCCUCCAACCUGGAGAAAUCCGUACCGCCCGGGUACCUGAAGUUUAUCAGCAAUCUAGAGAAUGAGAUCCUGAACGUCUCCAUGGAGCGGGAGACAUUGAAGAUUGAGGUGAUGAGAGCCCAAGCAAUGAUCAACAUUCUUCAAUCUCGCAUCGACAUCUUGACCAAAGAAAAUGAGGAUUUGAGAAGACAUGCCUAGGCAAGUGGAGAUCGCCCGCCUGCGUAUCCAUGUACGUAUUAUCGUCCCUUUUUAGUUGCCGGCUCUGUCUUUCAUUGCAUCACAGUUUUCAAUUUCUGUAUGCUCUUCUUAACAAGGAAGAUGAGUGUCGGCCCUUAGGCGUGUAGAGAGAGUUAGCCGUUUGCGGCUACUAUAUAAUCUCUCCGUAGUCUAGUCUUAGUCCGAACAAUGAAUCUGUUGACGAUACUCUUUUCUCUUUGAAUCGACUCACUUGAAUAAAGUUGACGUUCUGAAUA